ACAGUAAGUCGAAUCAUAUACCGACUGAUCGACGCACUCCUUCGGUCCUUCCCUUAAUCGCCUUCGUAGUAGCGAAGUGGCAUAAACCCUAGCCACCAGAAUUCGUUCUACUGCUAAAAUCUCCAAUCCCUCCCUCGUCACUUAAUUAUUAUACAGGUUGCGAUCAAGCGCUUGUUCAGUAUGCUUGGCCAAGUAGGUUCUGAAGAGGAGGAUAAAGCUUCACUAUAGAUGCCAAGUUUGUCAUUAUUCCCAUGGCUUCCGUUUCCAAAAGCUUCUUAACAGCAAGAAGAAUUGCUCGAGCUUCUUCAUCGAGGUGGGUCCCAGAACAGCUAUCUUCUUCAUUUGUUUACUCAUACUCCUCCGCCGUUGCUGCCGCUGAACUUCCACUUCCACCUCCACCUCCACCUCCACUACCAACAUCUUCUUCUCGAUCUCAAGAGAAGCAAAAAGGAUGGACAAGAUUCCUGCUUUUUGUUCCGGGAGCUAUCACUUUUGGAUUAGGCUCUUGGCAGAUCUUCAGGAGACAAGAAAAGGUGAAAAUGUUGGAGUACAAACAGAGCAGAUUACAAAUGGAACCUAUUAACUGCAACUACAUCACCCCUUCAGGUGAAAAUCUGGACUCUUUAGAGUUCAGAAGGGUGAUCUGCAGAGGAGUUUUUGAUGAUUCAAAAUCCAUAUAUGUUGGUCCACGUUCUAGAAGCAUAUCAGGAGUGACAGAAAACGGAUAUUACCUGAUUACCCCUCUUAUGCCCCUCCCAAGCAGUCCAGAAAGCUUGCAGAUGCCUAUCUUAGUGAACAGAGGAUGGGUCCCACGAAGCUGGAGAGACAAGUCUGUGAAAAUUCUAAAAGAGGAUGAACAAGAGCAUCCUACAAACAUGGAAUCUGAAUCUACUACCAGACAAGAGAGCAGUUCUUGGUGGAGACUUUGGUCUAAGAAGGCUGAUAUUACAGAAAAGGAAGAGGACGAACAGUUAAUGGUGGAUGAGGUUGUUGGAGUUAUCCGUGGAAGUGAGAAACCUAGUAUUUUUGUUCCAGCAAAUGAUCCGAAUUCAUUUCAAUGGUUUUAUGUUGAUGUUCCUGGGAUUGCUCGUUGUUGUGGGCUUCCUGAGAACACGAUAUACAUUGAAGCAGUGAAUGAAAAUGUGAACCCAAGUAAUCCAUACCCAAUUCCAAAAGAUAACACUGCAUUGAUACGAAGUUCAGUAAUGCCACAGGAUCAUCUCAACUAUACAAUCACUUGGUAUUCUUUAUCAGCAGCAGUUACGUUUAUGGCUUUCAAGAGACUACAGCCUAAGAAGAGAAUGAGAUAAUAAUUUGAGGUGCUUUUGCUGAUCAUAUUUUUGUGUUUGUUUUUGCUUCUCUUUUGAAAACUGACAAAUUCCGGGCUAGGUACACAACAUUGUUAGCUCUUUUUUUAUGUUUGAGUUGACACAUUGUUUAGUUUGUUAUUAAUAAUCACAAUACUUGAUUACUUCAGUAAAAUAUUUGUUAUUUUUAACAUACAAGCUAAUAUAUAAUAUAUUUGAUUUCAUAUA